AUGGUGGAGGUGGCUCACCAACUGAGUUACCAUCUCCCUCAGUGUCCCUGGGAUGGACAAACAGCCCACUCAGAGCCCAAGGAGAAGCCAGUGCUGCCACCUGCUGGGGAGCAGAAGCCAGAAGACACUCAGAUGGGCGGGGAGCCGGACACAGAGAAUCUUUCAGAUUCUUCAGAGCAGAAGCUGGGCGAGGAGCAGGAAGCCAGCGCUACAUUCCUGUUUACACUCCUGACUGCAACAGAGCCCGCCAGCGACCCUGCAGAGGACUUGGAAAUCCAGGAGUCCCAGUUCCUGGAUAAGGAAGACUGGGGCCCGCAGCGGACCUCAAAGGAAAUGAGCCAUUUGCAAAAUGUUUGCUUGAGGCUUCGGGAGUCACUCAGCACUAUCCAAGCCGACAAUCUGGCUCUGGGAGAGAAGCUGCGAGACCUGCCUGACUCCUUGUAUAAAAGCCUGAAAGAGGAAGCGAGGGCCAUCCUGGAAGGAGAGAAGGCCGUCCAGGAGGAAGGCAAGGCCCUCCAGGAGGAGGGUAAGACCAUCCAGGAUGGAGCCCUGGCCGUCCAGGAGGGGGCGCUGUUCCAGGAACCCAGCUCUCAGAUGGCAGGACUGGUCAUCCUGCAGCCUGACCCUGCCCUCAACAGCGGAAACACGUGUCAGCCCUAGGCCCUAGCUGAGCCGAGGCUGGAGACAGCACAUCUCCUUGGGGAACCCCU